UAGACAAAACAUCACACAAGGAAUCAUGAGAUCACCCACAAGUUUUCAAGCUACAGACAUGGACUGGCUGCUUUGCUUUUCCCUCAUGCUCACUCACCUGCUGCUAACAGACAGCUGGGAGAAAACGGAAAUCAGCUUAAAACAGCGACAGAGAGAGAUCUGGAGGAAAACAGGACAACAGGUUGUUCUGCCUUGUACCAUCAGUCCUCACAGCUCAGCCAACAGCUUUAAUUAUAAGUGGUUUGUUUUCAAAGAAAACUUCCACUUUCCCCUAAAGCUGAUUUCACCCAAAUACAGCCUGGAGGGCGCAUCUCUAGGCAUCAAGCCACUUAAUAUUAAUGACAGCGGGAUCUACUACUGUGCUGCACAGAGGUCUGGAUCCCCAGUAACCGGCUCACAGCGUGUAGGGCUGGGUACGGCUCUCACAGUGACACGACAUGUUAAAACCAUGACAUGGCACAUUCUUCUGUAUUCUUCAUUCGUCCUCCUCGUCAUCUACAGCACAGCAAUCGUGACGCUUAUCAUUUUAAAAAAGCAUGGUUGCAACAUGAGCUGCUGCAAAAGGAUGGGCAAAAUUGACAAGCAAAAAGAAUCAACUAAAAAAACAAGAUUCCGCAGUGUGCUGCAAGAAAUGAACAACAGAAUGGACUUGGACAAAAGUGAAAACGCUUCAGGAGAAAACGGUUUACAAGCUGAGCCAGCAAGUCCUGAAAUCAACAUCUCAGCUGAUGACAUCUAUCAAAAUAUCAACUGAGUUGGUCAAGUGUUUUGAAUGACAGAGUCAGACCAUCAUCAGAGAAGAUUUCCACAACCACGCAACACCUAGCAGGAGGACACUCAUGUGACUGAGGAUAUUGACACAUCAGCAGAGGAUGCAAGUUGGUUUCAAUGCCGGGUAGCUUUGUUUUUUAUGAAAUUAGAUAAACACACCUCAACAAAGACACUGUUCCUCUCCUCUCCGAUUUUUAAGUUUUAGAUGUGUUCUGACGGCAUUUAUAGUUCUGCAUUUUGUAACACAUUCAAACAUUUCUUCUCAAAACUAGGUCAGUGUUUACCUGUGAUGACCAGGAAAAUCUGUCUUACAUACAUUUAGGAUAAUAACCCAUUUUAAGGGUAAAACAGCACUACAGUUGUAUGCCUUCUGGAAACCAGUGCAGUUUCAGUCACCAUCAUUUAUUUUUUUUUACAAAUUCAUAUGAGGUUACUGUGACCUUUGAACACCAACUCAUUAAAUCCUUGAAUCAAAGAUAAGAUUUGUGCCAAAUUUGAAAAGAUUCUCUCGAUGUGUUCUUCAGAUAAUGUAUUAAUGAGGACACAGUGUCCUUCACCUUUGACCGCCGUUCCUGAUAUGUCAUGGUCACGAGAACAAAAAGAUCACUGUGACAUUAACCUUUGAUCUUUGAGUCAAAGUGAAUGUUUUGUAUCAAAUCUGAAUAAAAUUCGCUCA